CUAAUGAGGUUGUAGUUUGCACCAAUUUUGUGGUGAUUUACAGAAUCUCAGGCCGGCUUCAGCCUCAUCACUCGUCAGUAGACCUCAGAGGGGUCACCAGCAGAGGUGACCAGGAUCAAGGUUAAAACCCCAACUCAGUCUAAUACAUGCUUAGAUCUCAGAAAAGUUCCUGAACCUCUCUGGGCUCAUUUUCCUCAUCAGUAAAAUGAGUAUCUUGUUACCUGCUCUGGUUACUUUACCACAUUGUAAGAAGGCCCCAAAUCAUAGUGAGAUUAGGUGCAUCAAAGUGCUUUUUAAGUGAGUAAGGAUUCUACAAUGGUAGUGUGUGGUUUUCACUGCUAUAAUAGCUAACAUGGAGUGUUUAUUUGGGACCAGGAAUGGUUUAGGUAUAGCCUAUCAAAUAAACCUUGCAAGAACUCUGUAAGAUGUGAAUUAUCAUUUCCCAUUUUAGAGAUGAGGAAACUGAUGCCGACAGACUGAGUUACCUCCCUAAGGUAUGAUAAUCACUGUCAGAGCUUAAGUUGAAACACGGGGCUUGCUGGCUGACCAGAGUUCAUGUUUAACCAUUGUGCUUUACUGCCACCUGGAAGUAAGAGACUUAGAUUCUGGUCCUGGCUGUGCUUUCUAUAAUCUUGGGCAAGUUUGCCCAUCUAUAAAAUGGAACAGAGAAGGAAGUCGUUUUGUAAACUCUAAUGUCUGAAGAGUCGGUGGGGGGGGGAUGUCCCCUCCCCACCAUGGAACGGUUUGGAGCCAUCCUGGAAGACAGUUUAGGGUUUAAUGGGGAGGAUCCCUGUCUCUAGGAGCCAAAGAAGGUAGUGAAUGGAGCAGAAGCAGGAAGACUGAGGAAGAGAGGACUCUGCCCUUCCACCUGCCAGGCACAGUGCCUCAUGCCCAGCAGAAACUCCAGCCUGCAGAAGUGAUUGCCCCUGGCUUGGCCCUGCUCCCCUGGAUUAUUGAUUGAGGUGAUUCUUCCACAGAGCCCUUAAGGAGACCAUCUAUGGUCAACGGAUAGCAAUGGUGACAUUUCACGAGCACUUCCUAUCUGCUGGGUGCUGUGCUUGGGCUACAAGGACCAAUAAAUCCAGUCAGAACCCUUCUCAAGGAGUUCACAGUCUCUCUGGGGAGACAGACAUGUAAACAGCUAAUGCUAAUGCAAGUACACAUGAAUAUUCAAUAGGUAGAAAACCCAGCUCUCGUGCUCUGGGAGCAAAGAGGGAACAUUUGCCAGAAACCUUGAAAGUAGUGUAGGAGAGGAGGGGAAGGGCAUUCCACCGAAAGAACAGUGUGAGCAAUGCCAUGAGGGAUGACGUGCUGGGCUCAUUCUCUGAAGGGCAGCCCAGUGAGGUUAACUCCAAGCAAGUCCCAAGGGAGACGGCAAUGAGGCUUGAAAAGCAGGUUGGGGUUUAGAGCCAGACCAUGGGGGCCUUGAAUGCCAGGAUGAGGAGUGAGGUCGCCUGAGGGAGGUGGUAUGUGAGCCCUGGGGACUCAUAAAUGGGGCCAAUUGAGGGGGUGGGUGACUCCCACCGAGAGAAUGUGCCCUGAGUUCACUCUUCAAGCAGCAUCUUGCCCUCGAAGAUUUCCCAGCUUGGCAGUUCCAGCUCUAGUAUCCUUCCCUCCCCCAGCCAGCCCUGUAAGUGGAUCCAGAUGGUCAUUCCUAUUUUAGGUCGGUGUGUGUGUUGAGGGGAGGGGCAGCUGUGAGCCCUGUCAAUCCUUUCCUGAGCUGUCUGUUAGAGGAGCUUCUUCCAGGACCCUGCUGUGAUCCUCUGAGCCUGGAAGGAAGUGUUGGUCUUUGAUGGUGAUUUCCCAUCUGUCUGUGGGUGAUAGAGGUGGCAGCAGCAAGGGAGGCAAGUCACAGGCCAGGGAGGCUUUUUUAUUGGGUGAGAACACCCAAGUGAUGUGUGCAUGUGAGAGGGGGCCUUGUGGACAGGCUGAGGGGUUGGGGGAGAAACCUGGGAGAGACGUCCCAAAGGAGUCAUAGGAGCUGGCUUCUUCCUCCAGGUACCUGGCCCUCUUCAUGACUCUGCUUCUGUAGCUGCCUAGGCUAAGGAGCUAAGGACCGCUGAUCAGACACUACUCCUAACUACGUGCCCAGCAGCCUCCAUGGUCCUCUUUAAGAAGCUUGGGACACCAAAAAGUAGCAGGUGAUAAGCUAGGCUCCUGCCCUGGGACUGUCUGUAGCCAGCCUAUGAUACCAAGCUUGUGUGUGCCAUUCAUUCAUUUUUUGCAAAUGUUUAUUAAGCAAAUGCUAUGUGCUAGACACUCCUAGGCACUAGGUUUACAGAAGUAAACAAGACAAAUAUAGUCUCUGCCCUCAAAGACUUUCCAGCCUAGUGGGGGAAUCCAGCAAUACAUAGCUACAAAUGUACUAUAAAGGAAAAGAACAGGGUAUUCCAAGGGAGAUUAACAGGGACUUUCUGAUUUAGGGAAGGACUCUCCAAGAAAGCCACAUUUAAUCUGAGACUUGAAGGAUAAAUAGAAGUUAGCCAGUUUAAGGAGGUGAGGAACAUUCAGCAGACGAAUGUGUGCCAAGUCCUUGGGGGCAUGAAAGUGUGUGGCACAUGAGAGGAACUGAAAAAAAGGCCAGGGUGGCUGCAGUGUAGUGAACAAGUAAGACAAAGGGCAUGACGCGGGGCCUUGUAAGCCACGGUAAGAGAUUUGUGUUUUAGCCUAAGUGCAAUGAGAAGCCACUGAAGGUUGUCAGCGUAAAUGUGGUACUUGUGUUAGUGCUAUCAAAUUUGUGGCAGACCCUAAGAAAGACUUCUUUGAUUGUUUAUUCCUCCAUAUGUACAAUAAAUGAUUAAAGGGCACCCACCAUCACUGACGGAGGAAUGUAUAAGGCAAAGACCUUCCUCGGAGCUUAUAAUCCAGAAGAGAUUAGCUAUAAUGACUGAAUCAAGAAGUAGUGUAACUUAUUCAUUCAACAAACAUAUACUGCACACUGAAUCUAUUCCAAACUCUGUGCUAGAUGCUGGUUGCUGUUCUUCAAGGAUCACACACUACACGUGGAUCAUGGGAGAAGCACAAACCCACUCAAAAUGUUUUUACUAGGUUAGAAUCAUCAUCUGUGAUCUGUGAUCUGUGAUCUCUGUAAGGCCUUUUUUUGUUAAUUUAUUUUUUAAAUGUGUGUGUUUAUUUAUUUAAAAAGUGCAAGUGAGGGAGGGGCAGACAGAGGGAAAGGGGAUCCCAAGCAGGCUCCAGGAGGCUCAAUAUCACAAAUCACGAGAUCAUGACCUGAGGGGAAACCAAGUCUGAUAUUUAACCGACUGAGCCACCCAGGCGCCCCUGUAAGGCCUUUAUAAAACACCCAUUCAAUCAUUAAAUCAAUAAACAUCUAGUGGACAUCUGUACUAGAAACUCUAUUAGCUCAUUGAAAUCAGGACCUUAGAGUUCCAUGAGACAUAACCCCCAAAAUGUAUUAGAAUAUUAGCUGUUAGAAACAGGAAGGAUAGCAGGCUUUUUAUAGAUCAGCAUUGAGGGGGGGUAAUUCAAUGGAAGAAAAAUACAUUCCCAAAAAGGCAUAGCUCCCGCUUUUCUGAUUUUGUCCCUACUUCCCUCUGGCAUGAUUUUUAGCUGCUGCCUUUCUUCUUGACCCUACAUUUCCCCUUCCCAUCCCAGCAGAUUCCGUUUUCUUUGGCUAUCUUGGCAUCUUUAAAAAGCCCAAUGUAUCCAUGAUUUAAGCCUAUCUUCUUUAUAUUGGUGUGUGAUCUCAGACAAUUGGUUAACUUCCCUAAGCCUCAGUUUUCCAUUUGCACAAUGAAGGGAUUGGAUCAAAUCUAAGGUUUGUGAUUUGUUCCAGCCAAGGUGAUAUUCACACUCCUGCACACUGCGCUCUGCAAAGCCUUUUUCUUUCUUUGCACCGCUGCACGCAUCCCUGCACCCCCACCCCCGUGCCACCUGGCAAACAUCAAGACAGCUCCCAAUAUCUCCCGGCAAGUCUCCCCUGCUUAUACACACACCACGCACAGCGUUUUAGUCUGUCCUUCCUCUACCCUACCACUACCUCAUCAGAGACCACAAUGAAAAGGACAUGGGAGAUAGCCUUGAGUUUGAGUCGUGGCCACUCACCUCACCUCAUGAGCCUCAGUUUCUCACUUGUAACCUGAGGGAAAUAACCCAAAUUCGCAUGUUUGACCAGUUUAUGGGGAUUAAAAACAAAACAUUUGUAUGUCAAGUGCUUGGCACCUAGGAAGUGUUCAAUAAAUAGUGACUAUAUCACACCUCCUGGGAGGCCUCAGCGUACUGAAUUAUGAAUUCCUUGUUCAGUCUCUCGCGCUAGACUCCGCGCUGCCUGAGGGCAUCCCUUCCGCAGCCGUGCAGUGUAGGCGCAAACACUCCGGGCUGACGGGCGCCGAGACCGGGAGUCAGGCGGGCCCGGCCCGGAGGGAUACGGUUCCAAUUCCCCGGGGGAAGGCGAAGCCAGCGGACCUCACCUGCCGGAAGUGACGCCACGGGGCGAGCGGCGCCGGAGCAGGGGCCUGCCGGAGCGGGGCGCGCACCAUGGCGGAAGCGGAAGGGAGUUCGCCGCUCCUGUUGCGGCCGCCGCCACCCCCGCCCGGGAUGGCGGAAGUGGAGGUUCCGACGGCGGCCGAGACGGACAAGAAGCAGUUCAGCGGCUCGGGCAGCAGCGCCAUGGACGUGGACCGGAGCCGCUUCCCCUACUGCGUGGUGUGGACGCCCAUCCCGGUGCUCACGUGGUUUUUCCCCAUCAUCGGCCACAUGGGCAUCUGCACAUCCACAGGAGUCAUUCGGGACUUUGCAGGCCCCUACUUCGUCUCGGAAGACAACAUGGCCUUUGGGAAGCCUGCCAAGUACUGGAAGUUGGACCCCGCUCAGGUCUACGCUAGUGGGCCCAACGCAUGGGACACUGCCGUGCACGACGCCUCUGAGGAGUACAAGCACCGCAUGCACAGUCUCUGCUGUGACAACUGCCACUCACAUGUGGCGUUGGCCUUGAACCUGAUGCGCUAUAACAACAGCACCAACUGGAAUAUGGUGACGCUCUGCUUCUUCUGCCUGCUCUAUGGGAAGUACGUCAGUGUCGGGGCCUUCGUGAAGACCUGGCUGCCCUUCGUCCUCCUCCUGGGCAUCAUCCUAACUGUCAGCCUCGUCUUUAACCUUCGGUGAUGGCUGCCUCAUGGCCUGAACCCACCACACUCCUGAGGAGGCAGUCGCCACCCCUUUUGGUUCCAGAUUCUUUCUCACCCCAAAAGGCAGGGAUGGGUUUGCUGGUUUUGACCCAGGGGUCUGGGCUGGAUGGGAUGGAAUAAGGGCUGAAGAUGAGCAUGGGGCGGGGGUGUUUGUUGUGUCUCACUGGUCACUAAGAAGCUCCCUGUCCCCUCCUUCCCAGGCUUGUGACCCCCGCCCUUGAGGCACCCUCUUUGUUCAUCUGUUGGAAAAGCCUUAGCUUCCCUCUGUAGCGUUGCUCCUGCCACUGCCUGCGGGGCUCCCUCUGCCUCAGCCCAGUGCCCGGUGGGGAGGGGAGCACAUUUGGACCACCGGACAAGGCAGCACAAGGGGCCAGAGCUGGAUUUGGAGCACAUCUGCCUGCCAGGACUCUGGUCCCAGGGUGGGUGGAGGACACCGAGAAACCUUCAUAAGCUAAGCUGCUCUGGGACCUUGACUACUAGCCUCUAGAACGGUCUAGUAGGGCUGGAUGGGCCCCCAAUCAGUUGUCUGCCAGAAGCUGCACCAGGGGCAAGUUGUGCCCUGUCUCCUGGUGUCCUCCAGCCCCUGCAGCCCCUGCUUCCUACUCUCCCUGGGCUUCCCGGCACUUGAGCCCAUCUCCCCCUGCAGUUUGGGGCCUGGGCUCCCCCAGCCUUCCUGGACAGGUAGCGUGAUGCUGACAUGUCCAGAGCGACCCCCUGUAGCCCAGAGCAAUGUAAACAGAACUGGGCUCCAGCCCCAGGUAUGGGCCUCGCAUCGGUGAGGGCACCCCGUGCAUCCAGGAUGUGGGGAGCCAUCAGAGCAGCCAGUGCCAUCAGGGAGCGGGAGGGGAGCCGUGUCCUCCCACCUGCCAUAGCUUCCCUUAUCUUCAAGCUGUAGAAAGGGCACGUGCUGCCCCUCACUCCUGCUCCGUGGAUUCCUUGUGCAGGGCUCCCUGGGCAGGGCAAUAAACAGUUUGACUCCAGACUCCAAGGUGUCUUGUCCUUGUUUUCUCCC